AACAGUAAAUCGUAGAAACACAGACAGUAACUGUAUUUCAACUGUAUUCCAACUAUAUUUCAACUAUAUUCUUUAUAUGGUAUUUUGACGAAUAGUAUAAGUUUAUAAGUUAUAAACAUGCUUUUGUUUUUAGAAAAACGUUUAUUCUUGUUCCUUAUCAUUUGUUUUCUUGGUUUUGUGAUGGCCAGUGAUGAUUUGAAGGAUGACAAUGUAGACCGGGGCUCUGUCGAGCCGCGUGGCCAGAGAGACCGCGGUGGUCUCUGGUUCGGUCCUCGGCUAGGCAAGCGUUCUUUCCAUCCAUUUGGUGAAGAUAACAGACAAACCUACCUCCGUCUUCUUGAAGCAGCUGACGCCCUAAAAUACUACUACGACCAGCUGCAGUUCUACGAUGCACAGGCUGAUGACGAGGCCAGAGUGACCAAGAAAGUAAUCUUCACACCAAAGCUGGGUCGCAGCCUCACCGAGGACAAGCAAACGGAGAGGAAGCGAUACGAGAGUGUCGACUUCACGCCCCGCCUCGGAAGGAGGUUAGCUGACGACAUGCCUGCCACUCCUUCUGAUCAUGACUACUACAGACAGGAUCCGGAACAGAUCGACAGCAGGACGAAAUACUUCUCCCCAAGACUCGGUCGCAACAUGAACUUCUCACCGCGACUUGGAAGGGAACUUUCAUUUGAAGUGUAUCCGAACAAGAUAAGAGUGGUUCGGAGCGCCAACAAAACCACAGCGACAUAAUUUACGAUGGCGGAAAACAUUAAGCGCUAAUACCUCUAUUUAAUUAUUAAUUAUAAAAAAAUACAAGAGAACCUUUGAAAAAGGAUAAUGAUUAUAUAAAAUAAAUUAAUUAUGUAUUUAGGGACAUUUUAUGUGUAGUAAAAAUGAUAAUUUAUAGCAAUUCGUAUUGUAGUUAUAGCUAGCUGAACGGAGCGGAUAAUUUUCUAUAGGUUUUUUAUUGUUAUAUAUUUUUUUAAAUAAUAAUGGAUUGAAUCCAAAAAUAAAUAAAAAUUAUACAUUCAUUAUUUUCACUGAUGGGCAAAAUACUCCUUGGCUACCGAAGGUUUUUUCUAAGGCAAAGACUCAAACAUUAAAAAAAAACCUUAUUUAUAUUUUGAGUAGAUUUAAAAAAAUAUUCUAAAGUGUUGCAAUUUAAAAAAUAAGUGGGCGCAAAUUGGCUGGUUUAUGCUCAUCUCAAAUUUUUUAACAUUGUUCUAUUUAUUUCCAAAAUGUUCCAAUUUCGAAGGUUCUUAUUUAAAUUACUUAUUACUUAAUAAAAAAAUAUGCUAUUAAAUACUUAAUAAUAUUAAUAACAUUAAUGUUUUGGACGAAUAACUUGUACGUUGCUAUAAAUGUUAGUGAUAUUUAAAUUGUUUUUAAGAAAUUCUAGUUCAAUGGUGGACCGUAAAAAUAUAACAUUGACAGAAAA